GAGAGAUUUUCCAAUGCAGAGAACGAAAAUUGUUGAAAGGAAAAAAUGAAAUUCGAUUGAAAAAUUAUAAAAGCACGGUUAAUAUGAGUGAAAAUGUUUUGCCUAACAGAAUUUAUUUUGUGUACAUUUGAAAUAUUUUUUGGUAAAAUGUGAAAAAGACGUAAUAAGAAAGUUGUUACCAAUUGCCGUCGUGGUUUGAGCUUCGUUCGCUUCUUCUUCGUUGUCUACGUCUGCUUUGUGCUAGAUAUUUUUAUUUCCAUCACUAGCUAAAUUUCCACCAAUUUUCCUUCAAUACUUUAAGUAGAAAAUAGUGAAAAAGUCAUCUUUUAUAAACAUCAAAAAAGAUACAAGUGAAAAAGAUUUCUUAAAUGCGAGUGUUAUACAAAUGAAACGAACUUGAGAUUCUGUGUUUUUGUAGUCGCGUUAUGAAGGAAGCUAAACAGUUUUCCCUGUGUUGGGUUAAAUAGAUUGUUAAUUUCCAUUUCAUUAACAUAUCGGAGUAAAGACGAAUAUACAUUUGUAUUAAAUGUAGAGCCAACAGCUGCAUUCGCAGACAGCGAGCAAAGCAGCAAUAGCAGAGUGCGAAGGCAUUUCAAUAGCAUUAAAAGAAGCAACGGGAAGACAGACAACAACUUGACUUUAGGUUUUUAUCAUUAUGUUAAUUUAGAAGAAAAGCGUAUUCUUGUGUAAAUAUUAAGCAGAUACCAUUCAUAGUAGUGGAGCUUUGUAAAGUAUUUGUUGUUUGGUGCAUUUGACGUCACCUCUAAGACGUGGUUCAUGAAAACCUAAUUACCGGCAAUUGUUUUUCACUUCGCUUGAUUGCUGAUAAAAAUGGGAGCAACCGCUUCGACCAGCGGUUAUCAAAUGCCAGCCACAAGCAGCAAUGCCGGAGGUAGCUCCGGCUUGUUGCUGCCUUCUUCAGCUGCACUGACAGCCGGUGCUUCUGGUAGUGGCGGUGGUCCAGGUGGGAACUCCUCGCUUAUGGGCGCAGCAGGCGUUGGUGUUCCCCACUUUCGAGAGCAGCGUCGUAAGCGAGUGACGGGUUUCGCAACGCUAAAACGGAAAUUCAUACGUAGACGACGUUCUUCAAAAGCCUGUGAUCAUGCGCGUGUUUUGCGCGAUUUCGUAUCCGAUUGGACCCCGUUGGAACUUGCAGCGUUAUGUGAAGAGUAUGAGGCGUUGGCUGCACUAAGGGAUCUCUCGGUACAAGCGGAACUGGCGCGCCCACCUGCGACUACAUUUAAACAAGAUUUGGCUGCAAUUUAUGAAAUGAAAACUUGUACAGACUGUGAUCUGGUCUUUCGUGGAUCUAUUUUUCCAGUGCAUCGAUCUAUACUCUCAUCACGAUGCUCAUACUUCAGGGAUUUGCUAGCCGGGUGUCCAGGUUUUGGUGCACGUAUUUGUCUUGAAUUGCCAACUUCGCCCAUCGAUGUUCAGAUGUUCUCAUCGCUAUUACGUUUCCUGUACACGGGUGAUCUUUGUCCGCAUGACCCAACCAUUGACAUAAAUCUUUUGCGACAGUUGAGUGAUGACUUCGGAACACCGAAUCCUUUGGAACAUGAUCUUCGAUAUUUGCUCGAAACAGGUGAUUAUGCCGAUGCGGCUUUAGUGUUUACAGUUGAGGGCAACGAUUACCAUCGACCCGAUUCUGGUAGCUCUGAGUAUGGCUUUAGACCGAAACUGGAACUGCCCUGCCAUAAGGCGAUCCUUAGUGCUCGCUCACCGUUCUUUCGGAAUCUAAUCGCACGUCGGACGCGAAAUAUUGAUGAAUAUACCGAACGUGCAUUGCACGUUCCAACGAGGAUUGUGCUUGAUGAGACAGUAAUACCGAAAAGAUACGCGCGAGUGUUGUUACAUGCUAUCUAUUUGGACACAGUCGAUUUGACGCUAAUCUUACGUGGUGCUGGUUCUGGGAAUUCGGCGGGAUCGCUGGGUGAGGUACAUGCGUUGACGAAUACGGGACGUGCGCGACCUACGCCGCUGGAGGAGGCUAUGGAGUUGUACCAAAUUGGAAGGUUUCUCGAAUUGGAUAUUUUAGCACAAGGUUGCGAGGACUUGAUACUUGAGUGGCUAACAUUAGACACGCUGCCCACAGUGCUUAGGUGGGGCUCACAGCCCCAUGGUUCGGCUUGGGUUUAUCGACAAGCAUGCCAAUAUCUGCGAGAAGAGUUUUCAGCCGUUAUUGCGUCACCGGUGCUGCAUCAGCUCGAUAAGUCGCAGUUGAUACAUGUGCUUCAGAGCAAUUUUUUGCAGGCAUCAGAAUUAGAGGUUCUGCAGGCUGUUCUUAAAUGGGGAGAGCAAGAACUGAUAAGACGCAUGGAGGAUCGUGAACCAAAUAUUGUGUCACAUACAGCACAUUCUGUGACAAGAAAAGGGGUGAAAAAACGUGAUCUUAGUGAUGUUGAGUUGCGAGAAAUUCUUUCAGAACUGCUGCCAUUAGUACGGAUGGAUCACGUUUUACCACCCAAUAGUGAGGUUCUUGCGCAAGCUAUUCGUCGAGGUCUUGUGAGUACGCCACCUUCGCACAUGAUUAGUGACGAUCGGGAAAAUUUGCGAGUUAACGCAUGGAUUCGGGGAGGAAAAAACCAGGGUCUUUUCGUGCGGCCGCGUCUUUUCAUGCCGUACUUUGAAGAAGUGAAAGUAUUGCUUGAAGAUCGAAUGGCAUCGUCUCAUCACCAAGCAGAAUUGAUGCGAAUGCGGCGAUCUCGACAUCUGCCCGAUAUUCCCGACACAUUGUACAUGGUGUCUCGCAUAAGUGCAGCUAAAAAACCCAGCGUACCUACAGCGGCUGCAGUGACUGGCAAAGAGAGUGUUAACAUAUUGGCUGCAGCAGCUGCCAUACCGCCCCCCGACACACAAACUUUGGCAGCGUUACUCAAACGCGAACAUAAGUUACAUCAAUCACCGAUGUGUCAACGUGCACUGCUCUUGCCCCUUUCAUCGAAACAUGAAAUCGACCGACAGAUUCGCUUGCGAGUAGUCCGUGAGUUUAAUCUGCCCGAUGCUGUCUCAGAUUUGCUUGAAACGUCGUUGCUUAGCAAACAGAAUGCUGCCAAUGCAGCAGCUGCGUCAGCUGCAGCAACAACUGUUUCAGAAGACACCGGCAUAACAUCAACCACUCAAACUGAUCCGACACUUAUCGAAGAUGACGAUGAAACGCCCCCACCUUCUCCGGCGGCUGCAGGAUCCGUGCCUCGACUGACCGUGGCGGGGGGAUAUCUUUCAACGUCAGUAGGCUCAUCGGCUGCUUCUUCCACUUGUGGUGGUGAAGGCAUACAACCAUGUUAUAGUCGUAAUUUAACAUUUCCACGACAGCACCCGGGCGGUUUGCUGGGUAUGGGAAGUGGCGUCGGUAUGGGAAUGCUGACGAAUGUCGGUGUUGGUGGUAGCGGAGCUCUUCAAGCAAACUAUGCACGACUCUCAGCUUCUGUACAUCACCGAAAUGACCUGCCGGCGUUAAUUACGGAGGGAGAUUAUCGUUUUCCCCACGGUAGUGCGUUGGGCAUUAACAUUGGAGCUGAGGGCGGUGGUGGUGCGGUCGGAUGUGGGGAUGGCGGCAACGGUGGUCAUUUGUCGGAUAUGAUGCCCGAUGUGGCAAUGGCAACAGCGUCAUUGGGUCAACUGCAUUUGGCGAAUAACUCCAAUAAUAGCAAUAGUGGAGAUAUGCAUGAAAGUCUACAACUCGACUUGGGAGACGGAUCGAGUCACAUAAUGGGAGGUGGUGCACCUGGUGCUGUUGUACCAAUGGGAUUACGUGGCAUGCAACACCAGCUGCCACCCAGCAACUAUCACCACUUCAUGCAACGCUCAAAUUCACCAUUUGACAUGUUAAGACAAGGUCAACAUUCACCAGCUCCACAUCCACCACCUGGGACAUACAAUUCAGGGCCGCCCAGAUUCUUAUAGAGUUUGCGAGUGGCCCCCGAUCAGGGCCUUUAUUUUAGCAUGCCUUUUUGAGACACAGACACAAGAAAAUUAAUCCAAAAUUACGUAACGGGAAUAGUUUUAUGUCACGUCAAAACUGUGCAUAUCGAGGCUUGCAUCCGGAAUAAGGAACUAUUACACAUUUUUCGUUUUACCAUUAUUUUUAUGUGGAAUGAAGAUAAGAUGGUGUCCACCUGCAAUGUAAACCGUUAUGACAAGUGGGAAAGUUUCCUUAUGCUCAGUUUCGAUGUGCUUGGUUUUUUUUUUAGAGAAAAAGCUGCGGAAAUGACCGGACCAAACCCCAACAUACAUACUUAAGUACUUAUCGCUAUGUGGAAAGAUAUAGCGCUACUCUAGUGUGCACUUCAUUAACUGUCUACGAAUGUAUCAUACAUAGCUGUGAUUUUUUGCUUUUCACAAUUCCACAAAAUAUUCCGUUCUUCCUUCUGCAUAUUCGUGUUUGUUGAAAUUGUUAAAAAUUAAUAUUAUCCCGAUGUUCAACAAAAUAGCGCACUUGCAUUUUCAAAAAUUAUAUAUUUUGUUAAUAUUGCCACUCACUUGAUGUAAGACCUUUAUCAGAACAGUUCAAAGAAAAAAGUUAUAAAUUAAAGCAUAGCUUAUGGCAAGCUGAAAAAAUACCGCGCUCCGAUAGAGAUAAAAUCGUACGUGUUUAAAAAUGUUUAUAGUUUUCUGUUGAGGUAAAGAUGAUUUUGGAACCAUUUAGGCAGACCUGAGUUCUCCAUGAAAAGACCAAUCAUAGAAUCCUAUACAAAAUUCGACAAAUUUGCAAUUGUAAUAAGUUUGGGAAAUAUGAAAUGUUGCUAGAAACUUUGCUUCAUAUGUGAAAACCAGUCUUAAAAUAUAAAUACUUCUACAAAGUCCUGAUCAAACAAAUAAUUUCACGUUCCAUGUUAUUUCAUAUUUUUUAAAGAAAUAAAUUUUUCGUGAAAUCUAAUCUAAGAGCGCUAUUUUUGUAUCCAUGUAAAUUGUUUCAUCUCUAAACUUCGUGAACUGAAUGCACUUACUUCUGUUCAACUAUGUUUAAUUUAAGGCUUUCUUGAAACAAGUAAGUGACAACGUGUUCAAUAUUAGCCUAAAUAUUCGAUUUGUAUUUCAUUUUCGAAAAGUGCACUAUAUCUUUGCCCAUGGCAGUAUAGGUUACAUCACUCGAAAUUCAAAAAAACGCUAAAAUAAGGGACGCACAUAAAAUGGAGUAAAGAUGAAAAAUAAUACACACACUCGCACAUUAAAAAUUAAUCUAAGUUUAGUCGACUUCAAACGGCGAACGAAGUAAGGUGCGAAAAGGUGCUAACUGCACCUUCUUAUAUUGUAAAGUAAUGUAAAAUGCGCAAAUGUGAAAGAAAGAGUUCGUCUAAAGUAGCGAUCAGACCAAUAUUUAAAAUAAUUAAUGGGUAAUUGAAUUAAAAAUUAAAAAAUUAAAGAAAACAGUGUAGGGGUUAAAAGGGACUUGUGGAUAUAUGUACAUAAUAUAUACAUAUAAAAUAUCUGAACUGGCGUAUACACUCACGAAAAUUAUUUACUUACAAAUAAUUAUACGUAUAGUUGUAUAAAUUACAUUAUCUAUAUACAUAUAUAUAUGAUGAACUAGAUAAAAAUGUUAAUUUUAAGCAAAUAAAACACAAUUUGUUUUGAGAGGUGCGUGUGAGUUAUACAACUUUGGAUCCUGCUGAAAAUUUAGCAGAGAUCUGCAUAUAGAUUAAAAACAAAAUGAAAAAUCUCAAAAAAAAAAAUACAUUCUAAAAAGGUUCGAUAAAGGAUUGUUACAAAUUUAUAUUAAUAAUGUGACAAGUUCUAUGAAUUAUUUUAGCUUAUGCGUCCAUAACACACACUGUCUGUGAGCCAGAUAAGAAAACUAAAAUGAAUAUUUAAAUAUGUGUAGUAAAACUCACACUAAUUUUUUUUUAGAAUUUUUCAUUGCAUUUUCCUUUGCGAUUUCCCUUUGAAUCUACCUAUUAUUUAUAAAUCUAAAUAUAAGAAUGCAAUCGAAUAUUUGAUCAAAUGUUUUUCCCUGAAGGUACAAUAUAAUUUUUGUGCUAAUACUUUUAAGCAAACCAACUGAUUUUUUAUAUUGCUGUAAGCCCUCGAUUAGAAUAAUUUUGAAUAAUAAAUUUUAUUAUCGUAAAUUGUCAGCAGUUUUUACAUCAAAGAUUUACGUUCUGUCGUAGACUUUUGAUAUGAAUACGUUUACUGCGUUCUUUAGGACAUUCUCUUAUUAUUAAUUAUGAAGGCAUCUAAUCUAUCUAUAUACAUAUGUAUAUACACACGUACCUAUGAUAGAAUAUUCUCAUUUCAUCCACAAACAUGCAUAUGUAUGCAUGUGUAUGUAAUAUUAGCAAAUUCAGUUUUGACUGUUUCAUUACUUUUGAAGGUUGGCAGAUUUCUAUUUCUGCGUUAUGCAGAACCUUCUUUUUAAUGUACCUACUAAAUAAGUUACCAUAUACUUGUAAUAAUAAAGUGAAACCUACUUUAAUUUCAUAAAAUAUAUUUAUUACAAUUCUAAUAAUAGAUAAACAAUACGAUUAUCUAAAUAUACAUACAUACAUACAUAUAUCCUACACAUGUUUAAAAUUAAAAUUGUAAUUUACAUUAAAAUAAUGCAAAAAUUCGCAAUGUUACGACAAUUUAUAAGCGCAAAACAAGCAAAAUCUCUACCCCUAAAAUGGAAUAGUCUAAAAAAGAAAAUAAACAGAGACAAAAAAAAAACAAAAACGAAAAUACAAAAUAUAUAUAAAGGCGCUAAAUAUGGAGUACUUUUAGCAUACAAAUAUUGUAUUAAUAAAUUAUAUAUAUAAAUAUAUGAAAUUAUAAUUGCAUUGAAAAAAAUAAAUAUAAAAAUAAAAAUAACAUAAAAAA